AUGAAGGAUGAUGAGGAGGAUGAGGGUAUACCCGGUGUCACUAAGUGCUACAUGAGACAAUACAAUAGGGUUCAACACAGCAGUGAUGUGGGCACAUUCGUCCUCCAAGCCCAUCUACGAUACCAUCUAGCGUCCAGAAAGCUAUUGGGAAGGGAUAGACUCCGGCAGAGGGCAGUCGAUUGGCUGUUGGGAGAGGUGGAGCAAAGAUUCGAGAAGUCCCUAAUUGCUGCUGGGGAGAGUGUUGGCACCAUCGCGGCGCAGAGUAUUGGAGAGCCCGCCACCCAGAUGACUUCGAACACUUUCCAUUUCGCCAGUGUUGGUAGCAAGAAUGUCACUCUGGGAGUUCCAAGACUUGAAGAGAUCAUUAAAGUUACUUUAGCAACUUGA